AUGUUUUUAAAAAAAUUACUUAAAGGUAGUUCAAAUUCUACUAGACCAAGAGGCGCAACAUUUAAUGGAAUUUAUACAGGUGGUGAUAAUUUAAGUGGCUCAUCAGAACAAAAUUAUAAUAAUAGUUUGACAACUUCAACAAAGCAAACAAAUAGGCAAACAUUAUUAUUAAAAUCAAUGGAAUAUAUUAAUGGGUCAAGUACUUAUUAUGGGAAUUAUAUGGAUUAUUUUGAUAUUCCAGUUCAAUUAUUUGUUGGUGGUGAACAAUCUGAAAUUUAUCCAAUGUUAUCAUAUAAUCAAAGUUUAAAAUCAUUAAUAUUGGAUUUCAAUAAAAUUACAGAAAUACCCGAUUGUAUUACACUACUUCCAAAUUUAAAUCAUCUUUCAUUGGCAGCAAAUCAAUUAACACAUGUGCCUGAAUUUCUCUCACAAUUAAAAUCAUUGGAAACUUUUGAAAUUGGUAUUAAUCAAUUCACUUGUUUCCCUUUAAACGUUUGUAAAAUUAAAUCAUUAACUUCUCUUCAUUUAGAAACAAAUAAUAUUAAAUCAUUACCUGAAGAAUUUUUAAAUUUAGUAAAUUUAAAGGAUUUAUCAUUAUUUGAUAAUCAAUUAAAAGAAAUACCAGAUUCAUUACCAAAUAAUAUUGAAAAAUUAAAUUUAGGAUGUAAUGAUAUUAGUAGUUCAAAAUCAGAUUCAUUAAUUAGAAUAUCACAUAGUUUAACAACAUUAAAUUUAUCAGAGAAUAAAAUUGAAGAGUUGGAUGAAUCAUUAUCAUGUUUAGUUAAUGUUAAAACGUUAAUGUUGGAUUGUAAUAUGAUUAAAGUUAUACCAGGAUCAGUAUUAGGUUCAUGGAAAUCAUUGGUAACUUUAAAUUUACCACAUAAUUUAAUUUCAGAUUUACCCCCAGAGGUAAUUUUAUUAAGUAAUCUUAGAAUAAUUGAUCUUAGAGGUAAUAAUUUUGAAAAUUGUAAAAAAUUAAUACCAACUGAAUCUUCCACACCUAUUUCAUUUAAAAUUGAAGAUUUUAUUCAAAAUAAAGAAAGAAUUAAUUCAUUAAAAUUUGAUAAUAUUGAAAUUUUACCAACAACAAAUUCAAUAAUUAAUAGUAACAAUAAUAAUUAUGAAGUUAUAACAACAACAGCAACAACUAAAAAUAUAAUUGAGAAUAAAGAAGAUAAUGAUGAAAAAUUAUUAAAUAAUUCAACAAUUUCAAUAGUUUUGGAUUCAAAUAAUAAAAGUGAAAAUAAUGAAAUUAAUGAAAAUAAUCAACUAUUAACUACUGAUGAUGAUUAUAAUACCGAUAAAAAUGAUUCAUUUACCGAGAGUGAAGAUAUAAUUAAAAAAAUUCAAAUUGAAUUAGAUUCAAUUGAAAUUCAACAAAAACAACUUUUACUUAAACAAAUUAAAUUAAAAGAGAAAAUGAAAAAAGAGAAAAAUAAAUUAUUUAAAUUUCAACAACAAGAAAUAAUACAUCAAGAACAAUUACCACAAUCAAAACCAGAAAAUGAAAAAUUAACAAAUAUACCAGAACAACAACAAAAACAACAACAACAACAACAACAACAAGAAGUUCAACAACCAAUAAUAACACUAACAAAAUCAACAAGCAGUAAAGUGGAAGUUGAAAUGAUUGUACCAAAUCAAUUAAUAUUUUGGCAAUCAAUUGUACCAGAUUUAAUUAUUGAUAAAUUGUAUUUAGGUUGUAGAGAAUGUGCAAUGAAUAAAUCUUGGUUAAAAGAUAAUAAUGUUACUCAUAUUUUAACUGUUGCAAAUUUUAAACCAUUAUAUCCAGAUUUAUUUAAAUAUUUAAUAAUAAAUAUUGAAGAUGUUGAUGAAGCAAAUAUUUAUCAACACUUUAAAGAAAUGAAUGCGUUUAUUGAUGAAGGUAGAGAAAAAGGCGGAGUUUUAAUUCAUUGUAGAGCUGGUGUUAGUAGAAGUGCAAGUGCAACCAUGGCUUUUAUAAUGAUGAAAAAUUCUUUGAAAUUCCAAGAAGCAUUUGAUAUCACUAUAAAAGGAAGACCUAGGAUUUAUCCAAAUAUUGGUUUUAUAAACCAAUUAAAAAAAUUUGAAAAGGAUUUAUUUAAAUAA